AUGAGUCCACAACGACCCCUCUUUAUUUUCCGCCGAGCAUUUACUUCUUCUAUUGAUACCAUUGAGACAGCAACAGCAACAUCCACACAAGAAGACUACGAAAGUAGUCAAGCAACAUCAUCAGCACCAUCCAAAUAUGGAGAUACCCAGGAAGAAAAAGAAAAGCUAUACGAGGCAUAUCAUCAACGCAUUGCACAAAAGGACCCUACUUUGACAGGUGCAGAUUUUGUAAAUCAAUGUAAGAUUAUUAGUCGAGACAAUUCUUUAUCUGAUGAAGACAUGGUGUUUCGAAUUCAAUCUAUACUCAGGGAUAUGCACAAUCAUUAUAAACUUAGAGACCAACAACAUCCACAACGAGGAAAGAAUCAGUAUUCCGCGGAUUUCAUUAAAGCAUGCAAUAUCCUUAUCCAUGUCUUUAUAAAACAGAAAAAUAUAGCCUCUGCCAGACAGGUAUUUGAUGGAAUGAUCAAAAGUGGCACCGGCAUCAGUGAAAUUACUCUGAUUACCAUGAUCUAUGGCUACACCCAACAACAGCUACAUAAAGGGAAUAUUAUCAGCACAACAUCGUUUCUAUCGUCCUCAUCGACAAGCGACUUUUACCAAUUCUUCGCUACCAUUGAGAAAUAUCACAAAGAUUACCCUUCCAUGUUCGAACCUCUAUUUAAAAACAUCAACGUUUAUUAUGCCAUUUUGACAGCGCUGAAAGAUGUGAAAGACACCCGCCGAUGUCAUUAUUAUUUCAAGGAUAUCAUGCAAGACAAGUAUGGUCUCAAACCAGACAGCCGAUGCUAUCAGACGCUCAUGUUGGCCUACAGAGAUCAAACACAUCCACAGUAUGAACAGAUUUGGUCUCUCUUUCAGGAAAUGAAGAAUAAUGACGUAAAAGGACAACCGGAUAAAGGAAACUAUAGCCUUGUGUUAGGCGUAUUAAAAAAGAGGCUCGAUCAACUUACAGCAUUGGCAGGCAGUGGAAAGCAUUACAACAAGAAAAAGACGAGCGUAGAAAUGGAACAGAUUAGAGCACGCAUGGAUGAAGUUGUAGGCGAUAUGAAGCACCACCAGGUCGUGUUCAAUAUUCAUGAUUAUCUAUGUUUGGAUUGGGAUCCGUUAGAGGCACUGAAGGAAAUAUUCAAGAAGGAGAAUAUUAGUAAUGCUGCUAUGAGCACUCUUUCUUCCAGGGAUUAUAACACUUGCUUGACCUUUUAUAUGAAAAAAAAUCAGUUGGAGAAAGCUUUACAAGUGAUUAAUUUCAUGAAGGAACAGGCGAUGAAAGCAAAAUCGCAAGCACCCACAGCAAAGGAUGGGGAUGAAGAAAACGCAGAAGAUGCCAGUAAAGCAAUGCUCAAUUACAACAAAUUGGAUCAAUUUGGUUAUGGCAUCAUCAUGGAUGCUCUAAUUAAAGACCGGCAGAUAGAUGCUGCUUUUGACAUUUAUGAAGAAAUGAAAAGAGAAAAUGUGCCUAUAGACACUGUUGUCUUGACGAUGCUGAUGACGGCCUGUCAGCAGAAUCAAGAUGUGCAAAAGGCGAUGGAAGUCUUGGCAGAGACGGUGGAGCGAUAUCAAGUCAAGCCUAAUAUCUACACAUUCAACACCUUAUUAAGUUUAGUAGCGAAUGACGAAAAUGACUAUGACGGUGAUAAUAUACAGUAUAAGUUGGAUCGUGCUAAGGCCAUUUGGUCAAAGAUGGAAGAAAUGGAUAUCCGGCCAGAUAAGCGAUCUUUCAACAACUAUAUAUCUAUUUUGGCGAGAAAGAUCAGGACGAAUGCUGCUCAUGCUACUGCUAAUAAUAACUUUGCAAGGCCUUCCUCUUCCUCUUCCCUUUGGAUUGAGGAUGAUGAUAAUAAGCCUGUAGAAAAUAUCCAUCAACCGAUUCAAGAAAUGCUUAAAAUGUAUCGAUUGAUGAAAGAUCAAUCGGAGCCAGAUUUUAUUACUUACAGUAUGAUGAUUCAUGCAUUGUCAGUCGGUCAACAUAUGCGAUCUGCAAUGCAGAUUUAUGAAGACGCCAAACGAAGGAGAAUUCACAAUAACACUCUAUCGUCAACUCAGCUGCCAAGCAAUGUCUUCAAUGCGUUGAUGAAAGGUCUUCAAAACGAAGGCAAAGCGUCAGAAGCUAUGAAUGUAUGGUAUGAUAUGCGGUCGCAAGGUGUAUUGCCAGACUAUGAAACAUACGAUAUAGUUCUGGAGGGAUGUGAGCAGUUAGGGUUGACAGGUGCAAUGGAAACAAUAAGACAGCAAAGACGAAUGGAUUUUGACAGAUUAGAACAGCUCGAUAGAGCGAGAGAACAGAAAAGACCAUCAAGGAAAUAG